AUGGCUUCCCAAAAUCUCGUCCACUUUCUCUCGGACUUCACCCUAGGCUUCUCCGAUGGCCUCACAGUCCCGUUCGCUCUGACCGCGGGCCUAAGCUCCCUCGGCCGGAGCGAAACAGUCAUCUUCGCCGGCCUCGCAGAGUUGUGCGCGGGAUGCAUCAGUAUGGGCAUCGGCGGCUAUCUAGCUGCAAGGGAUGCUUCGCGCGAGACGCCGCACUCACCGUCCCCCGCGUCGGAAGAGGAGCAAGGCAUGCUGCUGGCGGAGCGGAGGAGCGAGGAAGACGUCGACGACCACGGGGAGAAGGGUGCAUCAAGCUCCGGAGAUGCCGAGGCCGAAUUCGCGGUCCGCCGUCAUUCCCGAAAGUUCCGUCUGUAUCAGCAGUACGCCUUCUAG